UAGUCUUUUUAGUUUUGAGGAAAUGCAACAUGGCUCGGACUAGUUGGGCUACUUCAAAAUAUAAAACCUUCAGUAAACCUCAUAGCUUUUAGAUAAACCUCACAACUUGUAUAUAAUAUCCAUCAGAGAGUAAUUUUACGUUAUGCAUCUCGUGUCUGAGACAUAAGAUGGCUACAAAUGUUAGUCUGGACCCUAAUAACCCUGAUGACAAGUGCAGUCGCAUUGAGGUUUUGGCCUGGAUCAACGAAACCCUACACACUAACUUUACUCAUGUGGAGCAAUGUCGUUCAGGUGCGUGUUUUUGCCAGCUUAUAGACUUGCUCUUCCCAGGGUCCAUUGACAUGACCAAAGUCAAGUUUGAGUCCCAGAAGAGGUCUGAUUUCAUGCAGAACUACAGUCUUCUCCAGACAUCUUUCCGGAAAUUAGGCAUAACAGAGUCAAUCCCUGUGAAGGAGCUUCUCACAGGAAAGUUUAGACCCAAUUUCACCUUUGUGAAGUGGUUCAAGAAAUUUUUCCAUGCCAAUGAGAAGCAAGGGAGGGAGUACAACCCAGUUGAAGCUCGUAAUGGUCAGGAUAUUGUACAGGUAGAUGACGCUGUUAAGUCUCCAAAAUCCUGGAAAAGUCCAUAUGAAUCUGGCAGAGUAAGAGAUGAGUCUGAUAAAGACAUGGAUUUUAAUGGAAGGAGGCGAUCUGUGACUUGUGAUCCUAAAUGGCAAAGAACCUUUAAAUGGUUUAAACCUAGUCAUCUGGGAGACAACUACGCUUACUGCACAUUGUGUGACCAUAAUAUCGUCCUACAUGCAGGUUUUUAUGAUCUGAAGCGACACCAGCAGACUCAAAAGCAUAUGAAACAUGAGCGGGGAGGAUUAAAUUCAUCUAGGAAAGUGUCGAUUGAGGACUCUAUUUCCUGUAGUGAUACUAUGCUGCUUUUCAUUCAAAACCAUUGCCUCUCCAGUUUACCCUCAAGGAUCACCAAGGUCUCCCAACGUACUGCAAAAUACAUCCUCGGACUAGAGUAUCCAAAGGACAUUGUUUCUGCUUGUAAGCUGAACCCGUUCUGUAUCUACAUAUAUGGGCAGGUACCACUUGAAGCAGAGAGCGACGAAAAGACCUCCUGCCAUGUGGCGCUCGUGGGCUUUUUUGAGGAAAAACAAGCAAGGUACUGUAUCCGUCUCCUUGAUGUCUUUCAGGCUGAAGACUCCAGUUCUGGAUGUUUACUCAAUGUCCUCCAAAAGUUUGAGCUUCCUGCAAGCAACAUGGUAGCUUUCUAUGUUAAUGAUGAGGAACAGACCUCAGGAAGUGUUGUGUCUCAAAUUCGGGAGCUUAACCCACAGGUGAUUGAUCUUGGUGGACUUUACAGCAUACCUGACUCUGCCUGCAAUGCUGGCCUAAAGGCUUACUCCAGUCAGGUUCAUGAACUCAUUGCCAACAUCUACGAACACUUCUCCACGUGUUCCACCAGCAAUGACAACCUCAAGGCGCUGUUUGCAGGCAUUGAUGGGCUAAAAGACACCAGCGCACCCCUUUCACACAGUUGUGAGGAGUUUUGUUUGCUUGUUCAAAGGAUGCUUGGAAUGUGGAGUGAUUUGGUAUCAUACUUUACUUCCUGUGAUGAAAAUAAUGAUAAAGCUAAGCAUAUUUGUUCACAGUUGGAGAACCCUAAAAUUAGGGUUACCUUGAUGUUUCUAGAUCACGCUCUUGGACCACUCCGUGCCUUUGGGCAGCACCUGCAACAAAGCAAAGGCUCUGUUCGUGCUGAUCUUGUCCAAAUCCUUCGAGAAGCAAGUGGGCUCCUACGUUCGUAUGCCUCCAGCUUUCUUCGCCCUCAAGCAGUCAUACGCUACCUGAAAGAACGAGACUCAACCAUCCUGGAAAACUCAACACUUUGCCUUCCUGCUUCUGAGCUCAGUCUGGGUGGGGUGGUAGAAGACUUCAUCUCUGCCAGAGAAGAGGAAUUGUCAGAUUCCUUGAACGCAUUUCAUGAUGAGUCUUUAAAGUUCUACCAAACUCUUACGACCUCCAUCGCUGACAGUCUCCCUCUGAGUGAUAGUGUCUUGAGGGGAAUUUCACAGCUUCUCAGCCCAGCAGGAAGGCUAAAGGUCACAGGAAAGAAUAUAGUUGACCUUGCUUUACAAUUUGGCAUCUGCUCCAAACCGGAGGAUUCUGCUAAGCUCACUGAUGAGUUUUUGGAGUACCAGCUUGUUGAGGAUGAAGAUGACGCAUCUUCUACCCUUUCUCUGGAGCGAUACUGGUGUAGUGUGCUUAAGCCUUUUCCACCAGAAUCCAUUUUUAAGAGACUUGUCCUCUGUUUUUUGGUUUUGCCCUGUCCAUCUCUUGAAGCAGAAAAGAUCUUUGCUCAGGCUGUUGAAAAUGGCGAUGCUAUUCAUUUGGAGGAUAGUUCAAGUGAAAGUGACAACGAUAUAGCAAAGGAGCUGGAUUCCAAUGAUGACUCCUCCGUAGAGCAAACUGACGUCAAGAUUUCACCCAUCAGAAAUGGGAGGAAGAAAAAGGUCAGAAGCAGCACAUCAGAGACGGUUCAACACUCAAACGCAGUGAAGCCGUGUGUGGUGCGACUGGAGAAGAUCACCAGUCAGAGAGAAAUGGACUUAAAGAAAGAUGGAGCCAGUGACGACGCUAACACAUUACAGGAGGGCUCUGUUAGAGGAAUAUACGGUUGGGAGAGCAGCUUACGGCAGAAACCACAGGCACGUACAGUCUUUCAGGCCGGUGCAGGCACCUGGAGCAAACCAGUGAACCCAGACAAGGACAGCAAGCCAGAGGUGGUGAAGAACAGUGCUCGGUCUUCUGCAUCAAAUUCGACACCGAGCCCCAGAUCUGGAAAAAGAGAACAAGCAUACCAGGAUGGGAAGGGUUAUUCCAUUGGAGAGCUGGUGUGGGGAAAAGUGAAGGGCUUCUCUUGGUGGCCUGGACUGGUGGUGGCGUGGAAGGGCAGGACGCUUCCUGUGUCUAUGAGGCGCGUAGAGUGGUUUGGAGAUGGCAUGUUUUCAGAGAUUCAUACAGAGGGACUGUUGCCCUUUUCUGCAUUUGCAAAGUGCUUCUGUAGUAAAUCGUAUGAAGGUCUACCUACCUACAAGAAUGCCAUCUACCAAAUCCUGGAGUUGGCAGGGGAGCGCUGUGGGAAAACUUUCCCCCCCACUGAGAAGAAAGGUGAAGAAGUGAAAGUCAUGCUAGAUUGGGCAUUUGGAGGCUUCCAGCCCAUGGGUCCUGAUGGCUUUUUGCCUCCUGGAGACAGCUCCACCAGUAAUAAAACUGAAUCGGAUUCCUCUGUGUCUGAUUAUCAGCCUCCAGCCAAGAGGAAGUACAUCAACAAGAGACAGUCAACUCAGGAGUACACCAGAGAACAAAUGGUCCAUGAGGUAUCUGUUAAAGGCAGAAACAUUGAAGAUUUCUGUCUGUCUUGUGGAACUGGUAAUGUUGAAAUUUUCCAUCCUCUCUUCAAAGGAAGCCUUUGUUUUAAGUGCAAGGAAAACUUCACAGAGACACUGUACAGGUAUGAUGAUGAUGGCUAUCAGUCAUACUGCACUGUGUGCUGUGCUGGACAAGAGGUCAUUCUCUGUGGAAACGCCAGCUGCUGCAGAUGUUUCUGUAAAGACUGUCUGAAUGUGUUAGUGGGACCGGGGACAUUCGAUAAGCUAAAGGAGGUUGACCCAUGGAGCUGUUACAUUUGCCUGCCCUCAAAGUGUUACGGUGUGCUCAAGCUCAGGCCUGACUGGAGUGUUCGUGUCCAGGAGUAUUUCGCCAAUAACAGUGCCUUUGAAUUUGAGCCACACCGAGUGUAUCCUUCUAUUCCAGCUCCUCAGCGUCGCCCAAUCAGAGUCCUCUCCCUGUUUGAUGGGAUUGCAACAGGCUAUUUGGUUUUAAAAGACCUGGGCUUUAAGGUGGAACGCUACAUUGCAUCUGAGAUCUGUGAAGACUCUAUUGCUGUCGGGAUGAUCAAACAUGAGGGCAAGAUUGAAUAUGUGAAGGAUGUGCGCACCAUCACAAGGAAACAUCUUGCCGAGUGGGGCCCAUUUGACCUCCUGAUAGGUGGAAGUCCGUGUAAUGACCUGUCCAUGGUGAACCCAGCAAGAAAAGGUCUUUUUGAAGGCACAGGUCGGCUGUUCUUUGAAUAUUACCGCAUGUUAACCAUGAUGAGGCCAAGAGAAGAUGACGAUCGCCCAUUUUUCUGGCUCUUUGAGAAUGUAGUAGCGAUGAGUGCCCACGACAAGGCUGAUAUCUGCCGUUUCCUGGAGUGUAAUCCCGUGAUGAUUGAUGCUGUGAAAGUAAGCCCAGCCCACAGGGCCCGUUACUUCUGGGGAAAUUUACCUGGAAUGAACCGACCACUUCCUACUUCACUCACUGACAAUGUAGAUCUGCAGGACUGCCUGGAGGUUGGACGAACUGCAAUGUUCAACAAAGUUCGCACUAUCACCACCAAGUCCAACUCCAUCAAACAAGGGAAGAUGGGACCUCUGCCGGUCACCAUGAAUGGAAAAGAGGACUAUCUUUGGUGCACUGAAAUGGAGAGAAUAUUUGGGUUCCCAAAGCAUUACACAGAUGUGAAUAAUAUGGGGCGGGGACAGAGGCAGAAGGUCCUUGGGCGGUCCUGGAGUGUUCCCGUGAUCAGACACCUCUUUGCCCCUCUGAAGGAUUACUUUGCUUGCGAGUAAAGCCAUCGUCUGGUCCAGGCAGCACUGGCACUGGAGGUCCAAAUCAGUCUCUCACAUAAAUGAAUUAGAUUUUUUUUUUUUUUUUUUUUUUUGUAAGGUUUCUGCAGAUUCUGACCUCACAGAAUAUUGUCAAUUUUUAAUGUCACAUUUGUUCUAAAUGUUCAGAUUAGUUUAUUUUUAAAUCCCGAACAGUGAUCCUUGGAAUGCACAGACACUUUUGGAUCGGAUUUCAAACAUCAUAAGUACUGUCGUUUUUAACUUGUGUGCUUUUAGAGUGAUUUAAUGCUGAAGAGCGCUACACGAUUCUCCACCCACUACCUCAGUGCCAUUCUGUGAUUUGGUUCAUUCUCUGUAGGAAUGCCGAUUUAUGCCUAUUUAUAAUUUAAUGAAUAAGUUAAUAUUAGUUCUGUUUAGUUUAUCUAAAACCGUUUUUAACAUAAUGUCAGCUUUUUAUAUCACGUUUUUACAUCAGAACUUUUCCUUGUUUAGGAAUAUAAACGUCCUGUUAUUAAAUAUUGCAUUAUUUUUUUUUUUAAUAAUGAUUGGCAAUGUUGUCAUUCCACGGUGCUAUUUUAUAAUAUAGAAUGUUUGGCUACUGGACAACACUUAAAUGUUUUCCUAUUUAGCAUCAUUUAUUUAAUUGAAAGGAAUGUUCAUACACACCAUAGAUGACUUUUGGGUUACAUAACUUGCAUUUUAAUUAUAGGAAUACAUGCAAUCCUAUAAUACACCAUGUAUUCAGAAGCACAAAUGUUGUCUGUGCCAUUUAUAGUUUAGUGAAAGCCUUGGGCUGUUGAUAGAUUAGAGUUGACAAUAGCCUUCCAAAGUUUUUGCCUUUUUUUAAUAGUAACCUUGAUCAUUUUUAAUCAAUUUACAGUGUGAUCCUACAGUUUUAGGACUACUUUUUUUGCCUUGAGCUAGCAUUUUAGACCAUACUAUCACAUAAUUUUUACAAUAGACAGGUCAUGAAUCCUUAGAAAUAAGGUUGCAACACUUCAGUUCUGUUUGCCAUUUUUACCCCAUUUGUUACCUGUAUGCACUUCCGAUUUGAAACUAGCCUUGAGCUGAUGGUCUAAAACUGUGGUCACUGCAGCAUUACUUUGUUGUUUUUAUUAAGGAUUUAGCCUACCACAAUAUCUGUUUGAGAGUUAGUCACUGUGUUAAUUAUGAGGCCUUUUUAUAGAACAUGCAAUGUGACCAAGAAUAAGUGAAUAAGUGCCUGCAAGUGGAUAGGCUAUAUGUUUAUGUAGGACAAAUGUUGAAAUGAUUUUAACUGGCAUGACUUCAGAUUACACUAAAGGGAAUCAUUUUGGCUAGUUGCAUUUCUCUAGUGCAAGUGUCUAAAUUGCAUCUUACCUUUUGAAAGUCAAUACAUUUUGUUAUCACUUGUGGUCACUGAAAAAAUUGUGAAAUUAGGUGCUUCAGAAUGUGUAUAAAUUGUUUUCUUUCUAGUUGUUUAGCAUGUGUUUUCAGCAUUAUGCAGAAAAUGGUGAUUGUGGUUCUGAAUUUGUCACUGGUCAAAGCUGAUCUUCAGCUGUUGAUAGUUUUCUAAAACAUGAUACCAACUGACUCAAACUUAAGUGAUUAAAUUUGAGUAAGGCAUGGGCCAGCUUGUGUGUGUGUGUGUGUGUGUGUGUGUGUGUGUGUGUGUGUGUGUGUGUGUGUGUGUGUGAGCUUUGGUGAAAGAUCAAUAACUGGAUUACAUAUGUCUUGAUGCCUUUUGGAUGUCUUAUGUCUUGUAGCAAAGCUUUAGAAAAUCCCAGUAAGAUCUGUGUUGUUGAUGUGAUACAUGUAAUUGUUGUGAAAUGAUGGUCUGUGUGUAGUUUCGAGGUGCAGUAUUGUCUCAUUAGAAAUAAUAACUCCCUCAGGUCUUCAACACCAGCAGGCCUCAUAGGACCAUGAUCUUUAAUGUCACACUGAUUAUUUUUAUUCAAUACUUUGUGAACAGAAUAUACUAUAUAUUUGUACCAUUGGAAUUGCCCUUAAUACCUCUCUUUUCUGUUGAAUGGGUCUUUCAAUACCCAUGUUUUCUGGUGCUAAAUGAAAUGCUAAUUAUGUCUGUAGCUCUAGGAUGUUUUUCUUGAACUGAUGAUUGACAAGACAGGUUUUGUUUUAAUAGCUUUUUGAUAUUUGCUAUAGUCUGUUAGCCUAACUUUAAUAUUCCAUGCUUGUACUAACAUCAGUGAUGAAAAAUAAAUUGCACCAACCAUU